CUUCGUCCAAAAAGAACACUCCAACGGUCCAACCCCACAUUCACGAGUUGAGCCGCUGACACUCGCUCCUCCCACUCCCUGUCCUCCUCUCCACUCCGACGAAACCCUACCACCUCGCUCCAGUCCCACCCCGCCGCCAUGGUGCGCCCUCGCCACGUAUUCGCCUACGCUGAUGGGACGCCACAACUGGAGCUCCUCUGCGCGGCGACCACGGGCGACCUCGCUCACCUCGAGCGAAUGGUGAGGAAACUCGAUGGUGGUCGCGGCCGCCUUGCGGAGGCGGUGGAAGCCGUCAAGGAUCACGGCGCUGGGGCACUGCACCUGGCCGCCUCGGGCCAAAAUUUGGAGGUGUGCGAGUACCUGGUCGAGGAUGUCGGGGUGAAUGUGGAUGCCGUUGACGAAGCAGGAAGAACACCUCUGGUUUGGGCAAUUAUUGUUAAAGGUGGGCAAGUGGAUAUUGUUAAGUAUCUUCUUGAUCAUGGUGCCAAUCCAGAUAAUGCCGACAGAACAGGGAUUACUCCUCUUCACGAGGCCGUGGAACGAGGGCACUGUGAAGUAGUAGAACUCUUGCUCUCUAGAGGUGCUUAUGUCGAUCCGUUUUCUACGAUUGAUGGAACACCGUUGCAUGUCGCUGCUGAACAUAAGCAGGAAUGGGCCAUGAAGAUUUUGUUGGAUCAUCAUGCAGAUUGUAACAAGAUACUAAGAGGUUUCUUGACACCUCUCAACAUUGCUAUUGAAAGUCGCUCAGUGAAAUGUGUGAAACUACUGGUAAAGGCUGGUGCGGAUGUGAAGGGUCCCCGUAAUGCGACUCCCUUGCAAGGUGCUGCAAGACUUGGCCUAACUGACGCCCUUAAGUGCCUACUGGAUGCUGGGGCAGAUCCCAAUGAUCGAGAUGAACAUGGUCACUGGCCUAUACAAUUGGCAGCAUAUUUUGGUACACGCAAAGAUGUCGAAAUCCUAUUUGGAGUGACUUCUCGUAUUCCUGCUGUACAUGAUUGGAGUGUUGAUGGAAUAAUUAGUUAUGUAAAGGCACAGCCAAAGUUGGAGGAUCUCCCUUUGUCUAAAAUGACAGUAGCUGAAUUGAAAAAAGAAGGAUCCAAAGCUAUGUAUAAACAGGAUUACAAGGCGGCAUUAGAAAUCUAUAAUAUGGCGAUAACGCUUGAUCAUGACAAUAUUGAUCCAGUCAUCAUUGGCAAUAGGGGUUUUUGCCGGCUUAUAUUGCAUAGAGACGGUGCUUUAAAUGAUGCACAGAUCUGCAGGCAAAUACAACCUGACUGCCCACAUGCAUGCUGGCUGGAAGGCUACUCAUAUUUGCUACUACAGGAGUUUGAAAAGGCAUGUGAUUCAUUUCUUGAUGCUGUCAAACUGGAUCCAGGACAUGUUGGAAUCGAGAAGGCAUUAAGGGAGGCUCUGAGGUUGUUGACAGAAUCCGACGCCGAUAAGAAGAAUGGUGUAGAAGGACCUGGAUAUCGCCCCGUAUAUUUGUACCAUUGAAGAGAGCAAUUUGGCUAACAGAUGGACGUCCUAAACUCUUAAGAACUUGUUGCUUGGUACUGUGUACAUUGACAAUGCUCGAACGAUGGAACACCCAUGCCCUGUUUAUCUGUAGGUAGGUUGGCUGCUCCGGCCGCAACCCUGAAUUAGGCCAUGCACACUCAUGGCGAAUUGCUGCAGAUUGUUGUCGGCCAUGUGAUGGAUGGCAUUCUGAGGGCGAUGAUUCAGCUAGCUGGGGGGUAUCGGUAGAUUUGGACGUGAUCACACCACACCGAUAGUCGAUGGUGUAUGUGUGGACUUUCUCUUUGUCUUUCUUCCAGAUAAUCUCAAUAUCCUCUAUAACACUAUGCUUCCUAGUUUUGAAGAGCCCACAUUCGAUUGAGGUCUUUAAUUGAAAUUGGGUCACCUGA